CUUCUACUUCCUGCUCCGGGGGGAAGAGAGAGGCAAUCCAAGACUGGGUUUCAAAAAUACAUACACACACAUAGCUAUAGCUAACGACACAGCAUUGGUACAGGGGUCCCUAAGACGUCAUGGCAGAUGGGAGGAUCUAUGUGGGGAACCUUCCGACUGAUGUGCAGGAGAGAGACAUCGAAGAUCUUUUCUUCAAAUAUGGGAAAAUCCGAGACAUUGAGCUGAAGAACAACAGAGGCACCAUCCCAUUUGCUUUUGUUCGUUUUGAGGAUCCACGAGAUGCGGAGGAUGCUGUCUAUGGGAGGAAUGGAUAUGGAUUCGGAGACUGCAAGCUACGUGUGGAGUACCCCCGCUCCUCAGCCUCCAAAUUUAGUGGCCCCAUGGGUGGAGGCCCCAGGGGAAGAUUUGGGCCACCCACCCGGAGAUCUGAAUUUAGAGUCAUAGUGACUGGCCUGCCCCCAACCGGCAGCUGGCAGGACCUGAAGGAUCACAUGAGGGAGGCGGGAGAUGUGUGUUUCGCUGAUGUCCAGCGGGACGGGGAAGGGGUGGUGGAGUUUCUGCGGAGAGAGGAUAUGGAGUAUGCCCUUCGCCGACUUGACAGGACAGAGUUCCGCUCACACCAGGGGGAGACAUCAUACAUCAGAGUCCACGAGGAACGGGGAUCUAGCUGGGGCCGCUCGCGGUCCCGUUCCAGAUCCAGGGGACGCUACUCACCCCCCUACCAAAGCCGUGGAUCCCCACCCCCUCGAUAUCAGUCGCCCCCCCGCCACUCGUUGUCCCGCCAUAGCCCCCCUCCUCGCCGCCUCCCGCCACAGCACCACAGCCCGCCUCCCCGCCACUAUCGGUAAACUCCAGGAAGAGGGACCGACAAUUGGAGGUUGCUUUUUUUUUUUUGUGUGUGUGCGCGUGCGUGUAACAAUUUUUAAAUUUCUUUUUUUUUGUUUUAUUUUCUUUCGGUUUCAGUCUGUAAUCUACAUUCCAUUUCCAGGACUGUCCUCAAAGGUUUUAAUGUGUAGGACCGUUCCGGAGAGAGACCACUGAUGGUGGAUUGAGGGUUGAGGUUCUGCAUUCGCUUGGAGAGCUGGGAGUAUUUUCUGGCUACACAAACGACUGUGAGUGACAGUAAAUGCAUGUUGACUGUUGUGUCGUCACAUCAUGCGACUACAGCUGGAGCAGAAGUCUCCCUUCAGAGUGUAGUAAAGCCACAGAAUAUGAACACCAAUCCGCUAGGGUCCUGUUUUAAAAAUGCUGACUGCUAUGAAGUUCACAUCAUGUUGUGGAUGAGUCUUUGAAAGAGCCCUUUCUGGACAGCCCUGCCUUCUGGAUGGUCACCUUGCAAACUUCUGUUCUAGACAAUGGAGUCAUUUUUCUUUUUCUCUUCCCCAUUUGUUUUAAAGAAGGCAGAAGAUUUUAACUAGUUUCCCUCAUUCUUCCUUUGUAUCUUGUAAUGCCUGUGUACA